AUGCCCACCCGGAAAUCCACCUCCGACGCCCCCGCCGACACAGACGGCCCCUCGCCGCAGCCGCAGACCUCCCCGGUACAGAACGUCCAAGCAACAGAGCAGCAGCUCAAAGCUCGCGCCGAGGGCGUGAGCAUAGAGGACUACCUCCUCCCGCGGUCCCUCACCCUCCGGCUGGCAAAGUCCGUCCUCCCGCCCAACACAGCCAUACAGAAGGAUGCGGUGCUAGCGAUCCAGAAGGCUGCGACGGUGUUUGUGUCGUAUCUUGCUUCGCAGGUUGGGGCGGCUGGGGCUGGUGAUGGGGGUGAUAUGCUGACUGGAAGUGGUAGCGCGAACGAGGCGACCCUCAAACGGACGAUUGCCCCUGCGGAUGUCUUCGCCGCGUUGUCCGAGUUGGAGUUCGAUGCGUUCCAGCCUAGACUUGAGAAGGAGUUGGAGGCGUUUACGGAGAUGAAGGCUGGGAAGCGGAAGGCGAGGAAGAGUGGGACUGGGGUUAGUGCUGACGCUGGGGCUGAGGGGGCGGUGCGGCAGGCUGGAAAGGCUGGGGGUGAGGAUGACGAGGAGAGCACAGUGCGCGAGGCGAAGAGGGUGAAGCGGGUUGAGGGGGUGGGGUCGUCUCUUGCUCCGCCGGGGGAUGAGGAGGAGGAAGAUGACGAUGAUACCCAGGAGGAACAGGAGCAGGGGUUGGAGAAUGACGAGGAAGUUGAUGAAGAUGAGGAGGAUGAGGACGAGGACGAGGACGAGGAGGAUGAAGAUGAGACACAAGAAGAGGAUGACAUUGAUCGAGUGGAAGAUCUGGAUCGCGAUUCUCGACCGAGGCGGACGAUGGAUCCCGAUGCUGCCGGGGAUGAGACAGAUAGCGAAGACGAGUCGGGGCCUCGGACGCAGCUACAGAGUGGGCUGGGUUUGGGAUAG